AUGGAAUCGCAAUUGGCAUGGCAUACAAUGUGGCGGGUGCAAGGGUACACUCCCGACUCGUCCCGCUCUUGCUCCCGCGAAAGUGAAAAUUCGCUGGGCACUUUCUCCCCACCCGUCGACGCCCCGCCCCUCGCUGCACCCCCGCACCCCCGCGCCGCGCAAGGUCAGCCCCGUGCAGGACGGCAUGGAACUACCGAGAGGGACUCGGACGACACUCAUGGCUGCUGCGUUCCAGGAGAGUGCCUGCGCCCUCGGGAACCUGUGCGUGUUGAGGACGCCGUGCGAGUGCUAUGCAACAAUGACACGUGUGCCGCCGGCCGGUAUAUGCACAGAGAAUGCUUCGAGCAAUGGGAGGCCGGUGUGCUCGCUUACUUGAAGUCAUGUGGGCGUGCACGAUCCUGGUCUGAGAGGCAACGCCACCAGAAUCUUUGGACGAAGAAAGGUUAUGACUUGGCUUUUAAGGCCUGCGGCUGUCGCUGUGGCCGCGGUCAUUUAAAAAAGGAUCUCGACUGGAUUCCUCCUGGCGCCGCCAUCAGGGCAGAUGAUGAGAAGAAGAAGCGCAGGCGGGCUCGUUCCGGUCGCACACCAGCGGCUGUCGAUAUACGAACCAGGGCGUUCAGUCUGUCCAGUUCUGGUUCCUGUUCUCCGCCUUCUGCACCUUCCGAACCUUCGGCGAGCCCAACACACGCUCAUCCUUUGACACCUGCGAAGAGAAACUCUAAACCUGAAAUAGUCUCUGAUCGGAUCAGGGCUGGCGCUGGCGCAAAUGGAAUAUUUUCAAGAAGGCUAGAUUUCUCCACUUUCAAUCUUCUGCCCAAACAUAAAGUCAACUCAUAUCAAAUAAAGAUUGAAGACGAAGGAAACCACGGUAAUGAUGAUACGCGGCUAUUCAUCCUCUCCACCUUGGCUGGUCAGCAUAAGCCUCGUGUGUCUUGUGCGCUUUGUAAAGAAACUCUUCAUGUAUUUGACCGGUAUCCACUGGUUGAUGGGACUUUCUUUCUCAGCCCUCGACAACAUACGAGCAGUGCCGUUGAGGUGAAAGUCGAGGGUCGCACACAGUAUCUUACGUGCGUGUGCAUGGGAUGCUUGGAGAGAUAUGAUCCUGAGCGUACCAUCCGUUGUCGAUUUUGUGGACAAAAGUGGGAUGGUUCAUCGCUUGUGCUUGGCACCAUGUACUCCUAUGAUAUCUUCAUGGCUACACCAUGUUGCGCUGAAAGAUUGAAGUGCAACAAUUGCUACAAGCCACUUCUGCACCCGCACCAACGACUGAAUUACUCGGACUACUCUCAUCCAGUGACAUGCCCUCAUUGUCGCGUUGUUGAUACGCAUUUCGUGAAGCCAUUGUCUUAUUGCUUCACAAAACGGGUUUUCCCGCUCUUCCAGCAGUGGCCA